AUGUCCGACAAAGAAUCCGCCGCUCCCCCUUCCGAGCACCUGAACAUCAAGGUCACGGACAACAACAACGAAGUCUUCUUCAAGAUCAAGCGCACGACCCAGCUCAAGAAGCUCAUGGAUGCAUUCUGCGAGCGCCAGGGAAAGCAAAUUUCCACAGUGCGGUUCCUGUUUGACGGCACCCGUGUGCGGCCUGAAGACUCGCCCGAAACUCUGGAUAUGGCUGAUGGUGAUACCUUGGAGGUUCACCAGGAGCAGAUCGGAGGAGGUUGCUAG